AUGGGAGGUGUUGAUACGAGUGACUGGAAACCUCGCCGUACGAAGGGGACCGUGAUAUACAACACACGAAACCAAUUCGCCUGGAUCGUGAUAGCGGCCGGCACCGCGAUCUUUGCAACGUUUUACACUGUCGCGAGCUACAUUGGUGGCGAUGAUCUGAAGCAGCGCUUGAGAAGGGAUUUUUACGAAAAAACAGAAGAGGAGAUCGAUCGUCGGAAUUUAAUGCGAUUCAGUUUAAUUGCACCGAAGCGUGGCGACACUAUCCGGAAGCUGCUUGAAGCCGAAAAAGAGGAGCAGGCUAAGAAGUAG